CGGUAGCAGCGGCGGAGCGCGCGGCCGCGGUUGCUGAGUGACGUUGCUCGGGAUGGCGGCUCUGGCGCCGGGAGACCCGAAGCUUGUCUCCAUGAUCGUCAACCACCUGAAGAGCCAGGGCCUCUUCGACCAGUUCCGCCGCGACUGCCUGGCCGACGUCGAUACCAAGCCUGCAUAUCAGAACUUACGGCAGCGAGUGGAUAACUUUGUGUCCAACCAUCUUGCAAGCCACACGUGGAGCCCUCAUCUGAACAAGAAUCAGCUAAGGAACAGUCUUAGACAGAUGGUUCUACAAUCGGGUAUGCUGGAGGUUGGUGUUGACAGGAUCAUUUCUCAAGUCGUGGAUCCAAAGAUAAAUCACAUAUUCCGGCCUCAGGUUGAGAAAGCCGUUCAUGAGUUUUUAGCAACUUUGGAUCGGAAAGAAGAGCCUACUGCUGUGAGCCUUGUGCCGAACUCUGAGAAGUCAGAGCCAACAACUCCAGGUCUUUUAUCCGUUGGUCCGAGUACAAGCAAAGCUGAUGAUGCUCUUUCUAUUCUGGACACAAUAACCUCACUUAAUCAGGAAGCCAGUGCAGCCAGGUCUACAGUAGAAAACUCAUCUAAUAAGAAUGGGGAAAAGACCUCCAAGAAAAACCUUACUUCGGAAUUUAAGACUCAACAAAGUUUUGAUUUGGGAAUGGAGAAAGAUCACACUACUGAAGAAAUAGAAAAGCUUGUAUUGGAAACAAAAAUAGAUGAUGGAAGGAUUUGUUCUAAGUCAGAAGGCUCAAUUAAUGUUUUGAUGCCUGAGAAGGACUUUGAGGAAAAGAAGGAAACGCCUGAGAUCAUAGAGGAAUGUGUUGAAGAUAUGAAUGCAAUAAAGGACAAAAUUGAUAAGGUGGAUAAGAAGGAUGUGGUUGUUUUAAGAAGGGAUGAAUAUUUUGGACUUUCUAAAGAGGAAAGAAGAGGAAAGGGAAAAGAAUGUGAAUCUGUGAAAUACAUCACUGCAGCUCUAACUAUUAAGCAGAAAGCCAAGGAAAACUUGAAGAAAGAAUAUUCUUUGGACGAUUCUGAUUUUGAAGGCCUUAGUGACAUCACUGUUAGUUCAGUCCAUACCAGUGAUCUUUCAUCUUUUGAUGUGGAUGAUGAUGAAGAGGAGGAGGGUGAAGUUAUGGCUUCUGACAGCACUGAAGAAGACCAGGAUCAAAGUUCAGAAGAAAAAGAUACUAAAUCAGGAACAAACGAGGACCAAAAGGAGAGCAGAGCAAAACCUGUGCGACAUCCAUAUGUCCACAAACCGUUUCUGUAUUCAAAGUAUUAUAGUGAUUCGGAUGAUGAAGAAACGGUAGUUCAACGUCGACAGUCAAUCGCAAAACAAAAAGCAGAGCGGUUACUCAGGCGGCAGUGGAACAGGGAAAGGGGAGAUGAUAAGCAUAAACAGGUGGAAACUGAUAAAGACAGACCACCAAAAGAAAGGUGCAGUGAUGAAGAAUGUCACCAAACACUGCAAAAAGGUAUUAAUAAUAAUUUGGAUGUUGUGAUUAAUUCGAGGAAAAUGCAACAAUCAGCUGCCUUAAAUUCUAAAGUAAAUAAAGCAACUUUGAAAGAACAAAAAGUCUUGGAGAAAAAAGUGGCCUUAAGAAGAAAAAGAAAAGGAGAUUUAAGAACCCUAUCAGAGGAACGUGUCUUGCAUGAAGAUCGAAAAAGAAAGCGUGCACAGCCAGAAGACUUUAAAGAAAGACAGAGUAAAAUGGAGUUUCUUUUUCAGAGCAAAGAAAAGGUGGCUACUUCCUCUGUUUUGAAAGAUUCCAGGAGUGCAUCAUCCUCAGAUGUGCCAUCGAGGCCUGUGAGGAGAUUUUCAGAGUGCAUUCAAUCAAAUGACAUGAGGAAUGAAGUGAAAAUAGAUCAUGAGCCUUGUCGAAAGCAGCUAAGAAGCAAUUCCUCCUCUCAAGAUUCAGAUAUGGAAGCGUUAAAAGUGUCAACAAAUAAUAAAGUUAAUAACUUUGAAUCAGAUGGAAAUAUUAAUGAAAAUGAAUUAUCUAAGCAGAAAGAUGAAGGAAAGCACAUAAAAGAAAGUGAUGAGCAAGUGGUGGUAUCUGAGAGUGGUUAUGCAGACGGUAUUCAUGUAGAUGUUGAUCAGAAGCUGAGGAACCCUUCAGAGGAGAAAGCCAUUCCAAAUUGCCUCUAUGUUAUCGUGUCAAAGAGUGACAACAAAACUCCAGUUUCCUCUAAUUCUUCAGAUUCAUCUGUAAUUGAACAGAGCCAAGAUGUUAAACCAAAAGAGCACUCAAAAGUGAAGGAAGAGAAAGGUGAUGAGAAAGGGAAAGAAAAAAGACGUGAUUCUGAAAGCUUCUUGUCAAAAUCUAGGGACAAUAUACAAGAAGACGCAAAAGGCCAUGAGAAGAACAAAGAAAAGAGAAAUGAAGCUGAAAUUAAUCGACCAAAAUUCAAAGAAAACUCUCAAGAAGACAUUAAUGUUAGUGAAAAGGUGAAAGAGAAACAGAAUAAUUCUGAAAACCCUUAUACCAAAUUCCAGGGAAACACGCAUGAAUAUGCUAAAAGCCAUGAGAAAAGCAAAGAAAAGAAAAAUGAAGUUGAGCAAAGUCGAGCAAAAUUUAAAGAAAUUGUGCAAGAUGAUAAAAGCAAGGAAAAGAGGAAUGAUUCUGAACGUUCUCGGUCUCAAUCUAAGGAAAGCAUGCAGGAAGAUGUGAAACGCAAAGAGCGGAGAAGUGAACCUAGAAGCUCUUGGUCAAAAUCCAGAGAGAGAGUGCAGGAAGAUUCAAGAAGCCAUGAGAAAGUGAAAGAGAUUCAAGCUGUAUCUGAUAGCCCUCAGUCAAAAUUAAAGGAAAAUUUUCAGGAAGAUGUGAGGAGUAAAGAGAAAAGAAAAAAUUCUGAAGAUGCACGAUUGAGGUCCAAGGAGGAUUUGCAUGGUGAUAGGCGCAACGAGAAGAGAAUAGAAAGGAGACACAAUUCUGAAAGCUCUCAAUCAAAAUUGAAGGAAAUAGUUGAAAGUUCACGUUCAAAAUCGAAGGACACUGUUGAAAGCACAAAGUCAAGACCCAAGGACUGCGGUGAAAGCUCUCAGUCAAAAUCCAAAGACAGUACUGAAACCUCACGAUCUAAAUCCAAGGAUAGCAUUGAAAGCUCACGUUCAAAGUCAAAGGAUGCUGUUGAAAGCUUAAAGUCAAAAUUCAAGGACAACGUUGAAAGCUUACAUUCUAAAUCCAAGGAUAACAUUGAAAGCUUGAGGUUAAAACCCAGGGACAGCAUUGAAAGUUCACGGUCCAAACCCAGGGAUGGAUUUGAAAGCCCACGGUCUAAGUCCAGGGACAGCAUUGAAAGCUCAUGGUCAAAAUCAAAGGACAGUACUGAAAGUUCAGCAUCUAAAUCCAAGGACAUUACUGAAAGCUCACGAUCUAAACCGAAGGACAAUGCAGAAGGUCUGCGAUCAAAAUCCAAGGACUGCAUUGAAAGCUUUGGGUUAAAAUCCAAGGACAGUGUUGAAAACCUGCGGUCAAAAUCCAAGGGUGGCAUAGAAUACUCACGAUCAAAAUCCAUGGACAGUGCAGAAAGCUCACGGUCAAAACCCAAGGACGGCACAGAAAGUUCAAGGUCAAAACCCAAAGACAGUGGUGAAAUCUUGAGGUCAAAGCCCAAGGACAUCACUGAAAGCUCACGUUCAAAGCCCAAGGACAGUGGUGAGAGCUCACGGUCAAAACCCAGGGACAGCUUUGAAAGCUCGCAGCCAAAAUCCAAGGAUAGCUGUGGGCGCUCACGGCCAAAGUCCAAAGAUAAUGUUGAGAGCUCGCGGUCAAAAACCAAGGACAGCAUUGAGAGUUCACGGUCAAAACUGAAGAAUAGCUGUGAAAACUUGCAUUCAAAAUCCAAGGACAAUAAUGAAAACUUGCGGUCAAAGCCCAAGGAUAGCAGUGAAAUCCCACGGUCAAAAUCAAAAGACAGCACUGAAACCUCACAGUCAAAAUCAAAAGACAGCACUGAAAGCUCACAGUCAGAGUUCAAGGACCGUGUCGAAAGCUUGCGGCCAAAGUCCAAGGACAGUCGUGAAAUCUCACGGUUAAAGUCAAAAGGCAGCUCUGAAAUUUCACGGUCAGAAUCAAAAGACAACUCUGAAAUCUCGCUGUCAAAAUCAAAAAGCAACGCUGAAAGCUGGCAGUCAAAGUCAAAAGACAGCGCUGAGAGCCCGCAGUCAAAAUCAAAGGACAGUGCUGAGAGCCCGCAGUCAAAAUCAAAGGACAGCGGUGAAAUUUCACGGUCAAAAUUCAAGGAAAAUAUUGAAUGUACUCAGAAGGGAACAGAAGAAAGACAUGCCACUGAAAAGAUUCAGUUUAAAACCAGAGACUCGGAGAUAUCACAAUUAAAACCUAAGGAUAAAUUAGAAGCAAAUGUUCAGUUCGUGAAAGCAGAAAAGAGCCAUGAUUCUGAAUCAGAAUCCAGACAGAAAGUAAGGGAUGGUGUCCAAGACAAUGAAAAGGGAAUGGAAAAGAAACCUGAUUAUGUAAACACUUGGUCAAAAGCUAAGGAUCAUUCGGAAAGCUUUCAAUCAAAAUUCAAGGAGAAUAUGCAAGAUGACAUUCAAAGCAAUAAGAAAGAAACUGAAAAAAGGCAUGAUUCAAAAAGCAUUUAUUUUGAAAAGUCCCGAUCAAAGUCUAAGGAAUACUUGCAGGAAGAUGACGUUAACAAGAAAAUGGAGAAAAUACGUGAUGUUGAAAAUGUUCAGUCACAAUCGUGGGAACCUUUUGAACAUUCAUGGGUAAAAUCUAAAGAGCAGCCGGAAAGCACUCAAUCAAAAUGUGAAGAAAAUUUGCUGCAGGCUAUUCAAAACAGUGAAAAAGGACAAGAUAAAUGUCUUUCUGAGAACAUCCGACAUUUAAAAUCUGUGGAACAGCCUGGAAGGUCUCGAACAAAUGAAGAUGAAGAAAACAUUCAAGACAAUGAAAAAGGUGAGGAAAAGAAAAAUGAUUUCCAAUGUAUUCAGUCAAAAUCCAAAGAAUCCUCUGAAAAUCUGCAAGAAAAGCCUACAGGAAAAGCACAAAGCUGUGAGAAUGAUGUAGAAAAGAAGGAUAAUUUAGAAAACAUUCAAACAAGAUCAUUGGAUAAAAUACAAAAUAAUCGAGGAAGUGAAGAGCUGAAAGAAAAUGAGUCUCAAAAUUAUUUUUCCAAAUCACUCGCAGUUGGUUAUCAAGAUGCUCAAAAUAGUGAGGCAAAACGUAAACUGGAAAACUUAAUGUCAGCGUUCAAGGAAAAUGUGACACCUAGUAAAGGCAAUGGAACUGAAGAAAGAAAUAAACCUGAGAAUGAUCAACCGGAAUCUGAAGCUUAUCUGCUGGAAGCUGUCAAAAGUAGUGAGAUAGGGAAGAAAAAUUAUUCUGAAAGUUUAGAUUCAAAAUUAGAGGACCGGCAAGUGAAAGAUAUUGACGAAACAGAUGAUACAGGAAAAAUGUCUGCAAACCUUGUGUCAAGUUCAAAGGAAAAAGUACAAGCUGAUCCGUGUGCUGAAAAGGGAACUGGUACAUCAAGCUCCCAGUUCAAAUCAGAAGAAAGCAUGCUGGAUACAAAAGGAACUGGACACGAUGCAGGAGAUUUAAAGGUAGAAGCAGAGAAGUUUUUGAAAAGUGAAAACAAACUAGAGGAGAGAAAUGAAGCCUUUGAAAGUGGAGUGAGUGAAAGCAAGCAUUUGAAGCAUGUGCCAAAUGGUGAAAAAGAGCACAAAUCUGUACAAAUCAGAACUGGUAAUUGUAGUGCAGCAUUGUUGCAAAAAGAGCAAACUGAGGACCCAGCUCAUGACCAAGCUGCAAGGCUUAAUGAGUUAAACAUUCCUCCAAAUGUGGAUCAACAAGAGUCUUUACUUCCUCCUUAUCAGACACUUCCUGCAGACACUCCAACAUUAAAUGAUGCAAGUCUUCAACAUCCAGCUGCAAGCCUAGCACAGUUUGUUCAUUAUAAUCCAUCUUCGCCAGCCACUCCAACACUUGAUGAAAGCUUUAGCUAUGAGGCAUCCUCUGGUUCCAAAGAUGUGGUUGAAUCUUCUGUAGAAGAUUCUGAAAAGCAAAAGGCUUGUACUUCAGAAAAUAUCAAGCAAGUUUUAUGUAAAGAGCAGCAAGCUGAAGAAUUAGAAUCAAAAUAUGACUUGAACAUGAAAUCGCAAGAGUUGCCAGUUCAGCAGGAUGUUGUAUCAGAGAUAAUCACAAGUGCCAUUUGUGAGUGGAAAGAUGAAGCUGCGGAGGAGCAAUCUGUUAAGGGUGCUGAAGAACAAAGUUCCUGUCGAAGAGAAAGAAAACCCAAACGCCCUUACUCUCCAGUAGAAAAUCCCUCUAAACGACGGCAUCUUCAUUCAGAGGAGAAAAUUACCAUGGAGGAGGAUAUGCACAAACCUUAUUCAGAAGCUGUAUCAGCUCAAGUACCAGAUGUAGAAAAACCAACACAAUCUCGGGGCAAAAUUGCUGCCAAGCUUGAAGAAAGAACAAGAAACCAGAUAUCUGAUUUAAACAUUCAGAAUAAACCAACUACUCGUGCAGCCAAAAGAAUUAGUAGCCCUGAGCAUCAUUCAGUGACUGAACGAGAACGGCGUUCAUCGGCUCCAGUAAAAGAGAAACUAACAUCUGAUAUAAAAGCUGCGAAAGCUCCAGUAACAAUGUCAGUUACAAGAUCGAGGAGUCAGCUAUCUCCUGUGACUAAACAAGGACGCAAACGAGAAGCAAGUCCAGGAGAACACAGGAGGGGACAUCAUAAAAAUGAAGUGCCACCAAAGAGAACAAGGCGAUAACUAAGAAUGCUAGAUGUUGCUACUCUGGCUUAACAACUUUGUUAAGCCAAUCUUGUACAUUGUAUAUUAUAAAUUAAGUUAUAUUUGUUGUAGUAACACAAGGGAAACGUGAAGUCAGUAUUGAUAGAUUGAAACUGUCUUUUUUACUGUACUUAAAAUUUUGUGUUGUAUAUGGGAAAUUGUAACGAAAAUGUUGACGUGCUUUUACCUGUUGUAACUUGCAAUUUUAAGUACAAAGUUUUCAUUCUAUGAAUGUAUUUUAUUUUUACCAAAUCCUAUUUAAUUGACAAAAGUUGUUUGCUGAGAAUAAGCAAUCGAGGGAUGCGACUAUUCAGAAUAUACUGUACAUUUAAUGUGCAUCUCUUGUUAAUGUUCCAUAUGUUACAUCUUUGGAAUGGGUGACCAAAAUAUUUUGUAUUCACAUAAAACUCAUUGAGCAUGUACAAAUGGUUUAUAAUAAAAGAAAAGACUUGUUUAUAUAGUGCCUUAUCAUGCAGAAACACCUGGAAACACUUCACACCAUGAAAUAAUUUCUAAGGUGCAAUUACUGUUAAGGCCAAGACUGUAUUGAGGUUAAUUUUAAUGCAUCUUAUGUUUGCAAGCUUAUGUAUUAUAUCGUUCUAUGCGCACUUUGUUCAUCAUGUUCCUGACAUAUUUUGUUAAACCUGUGAACAUUUUUAUAAAAUGAAACCGAGUAAGAUAGUCAUCAAUGUUGGGAGCUUCUUAUCUAAUGGUUAGAUUUGUUGCGCAGUUUUCCUGCUGUUCUUAUCUCAUAACUAAACUCUGGUUUUGUCCAGUAAUUAUAGGUGUAAAACAAUCACUUUAAAGAGAAAAGAUAAUCUCAAUGCUUUUGACUAAGAGCAUAAGCCUGGAAUUCCAUAUUUCUCACAAAACAAAAUGAAAUUGUUUACAACAACUAGGCUUUGAGCUCUUCAAAUGUGUGAAAAAAAUUGAUAUUCAAAUAUAGAUGCAUGCAUCAAAUCAUGCUUGUCAUACAAGUGAUGUGUAAAUAAAAUUUCACAGCAAGAAUGAGCAUUCGUAGUAUUCAAAAAAUUUGGUUAUAGGAUCAACUAGAUGUAAAAUUACUGCCAGUGAAUACCCAGGGGUAGAACUGUAAAGCAUGGAGUUCAUAUUUGUCUUGAACUAACAUAUUUAAAAUAACACAUUGCAUUUACAGCACAAUACAUGAAUGAUAAGUAAAAAUUUGCACUAGCAUAAUUCAAAGUGAAACUUCAAUAUUUUGUAAUAUAUAUUAAAUGUUAAGAUCAAUUUCCUUUUGUGUACAGAGAAUUCAAAGGUAAUUUAUUUAAAAAUGUAAAGAGAAUUUAUCAGUAUUUACUUAAUGUAGCUGACAAUGUAAUGUCAGUGUGAGGGAUUUCUAGUAAGGAGCUUUAGUAUGUCUUCCUGUACAGAAAAUAACAAAAGUACUUUGUUUUUAUGAUCCAUUAAAUAUCUUGAGUCUUUGAGCUAUUUCCUUCACAACAAGCUCCUUUACUCGAACUGUUACGCUACAUUGUUCAUUUUGAGGUCCUAUUAACCUUUGCAG